AUGCGUGAUCCAUCUCUUGAUAUUGCUGCACCUUUGCUACUCCAGAAAAUACUCGCAAGUUUGGAGAAUCCUCUAGCCCCCAAGCAGGCCACACUGACAUACUCCUUGAUCGCCCUCGUCAUCAGGCUAGUAUCUGCUCAAUGCGAUGUAUUCUCAACUUGGUAUGGUAGACGCUCCUACGAGAGAUCCCGAGGAGCACUCAUUACUAUGCUUUUUGAGAAAUCUCUGUCGAGAAAAACUGUUAGUGCUAGCACAAAGCCAAAGGAGGAUGAACAUACCAAUGGAGUCAAUGGAAAAAAUGGAAUUCUAUCUACUGAUCCGGCGAAAGAACCUUCGACUCCAUGGUGGGAAAGAGGAUUGAAUAUGGUUACAAAACCUUUUCUUUCAUGCCGUGGUUUGCGAACCAAAGAAGCCAAGAAGCCAAAAGAACCAGCCUCAAUGGGUAAAAUAUUGAACUUGAUGAGAGGGGAUGCUUAUGAAGUUGCCCAGAGAUUUUGGGACUUUGCUGAUUUUAUCACGCAACCCCUGGGAUUAAUACUUUCAAUUAUUGCUGUAUGGAAGCUUCUUGGAUGGCCAUGCUUCAUUGGAGUGAUAGCUGUUUUCAUAGGUCAAGCUUUUAGCUUUUUCGUUUUAAAGGCACUUAUGUAUUAUGAAAGACAAAGAAGAACGGCUUCAGACACCAAACUCCACAAGAUUACUCAGCUCGUUGAGUCAAUUAGACACUUGCGUUGGUAUGGAUGGCAAGAUAUUUGGCUUGCCCGAAUUAUGGAAGCAAGACAAAAUGAAUUGUGGCUGCGUGUUAUAACUAAGGCCUGGGGUACUCUUUUGUCGUUUGUGUACAUGUUUUCAAGUGGAAUGUUUCCCGUGGUGGCAUUCUGGGCCUAUUGCGUGUGGGCAGGUCAACCAUUGCGUGUCGAUGUAGCCUUUCCUGCUCUUCAACUUUUUCAAAUGCUCGAGAUGGGACUACAGACUGUGCCAAAUCUUCUAACAACUCUUCUCAACGCUCGAAUAGCAAUGGGACGUAUCGAAGACUUUAUGAAAGAGCCUGAUAAACCAGAAGUAGAGGCAAACCAAAGGUCAGAUGAUGGACUUGAGAUGAAUGAUGCCUCAUUUGCUUGGCCUGGUGCCAAAGACCCUGUCUUAAAAAACAUGACUGUCUCAUUCCCAUCUGGAUUAUCACUUAUCUAUGGAGAGGUUGCAUCUGGAAAGACAGCUCUACUACAAGCUCUUCUCGGCGAGCUUGAUCAUCUUAGUGGCGGAUAUAAGCCAGUGAAUGAGGUGGUAGGUUAUUGUGCACAAACACCAUGGCUACAGAGUAUGAGUAUUAGAGACAACAUUUUGUUCUCUGCUCCAUAUCAGGAAAGUCGAUACAAACAAGUGCUAGAUGCCUGCGCUUUGAUCCCUGACAUGGUAAAUUUCAAGAAUGGUGAUUUAUCCUUGAUUGGAGAAAAUGGAAUUGGACUGUCUGGUGGACAAAGGGCUCGUGUUGCAUUGGCACGAGCAAUUUACUCUAAUGCGAAAAUAUUGUUUCUCGAUGAUCCUCUUUCUGCACUUGACCACCACACCGCGGAGUCAGUAGUGAAGAAAUGUCUAACGGGCUCGUUGGCGGAGGGAAGAACUAUUAUAUUAGUGACUCAUCGCACCGAGUUAUGUCAAGGAAUAGCACAACAAAUUAUCAGAAUGACAGACGGAACAGCAGAAGUAUUUGAUCCUGAAUCUAUCCCGUCUGAGUUACUACACACCAUAAAUUCUUCAAAUUCUGCAGUAGAAGAGCAAAAGGAAGAUGAAGAUCAAGCAGCCGCAGCAAUGCCCGAAAAAUUCAUGGAAGAUGAACAUCGGGAGCAUGGUGGUAUUAAAGCUUCAGUCUAUUGGGAAUAUAUCAAAUCAGGAAAGUUGAGAUAUUGGGCUCUAAUCAUGGUGGUCAUAACUUUUCUUCGAUUCGUCGAUAUUGCCGAAACGUGGUUUCUCAAAUCUUGGGGAGAGGCAUAUGAAGGACCACGGAAACCAUCCCGAGACCCUUUUAGUCGACUUCCAUCACCUGAAACCAAUAUCCAGCCAUGGUUACUUGGAUUCUUUCUCUUUGCUGUUGCUGAAUCCGUUGCCUGGGCUUUGUUUCAGGCCUCUGCACAACUAAUGGUUUAUACUGCGGGUAAAACCAUUUUUGAGAGGGUCAUGACCAGAGUUGUCCAUUCGACAUUUCGCUUCUACGAUGUUACACCAGCGGGUCGUUUAAUGAAUCGUAUGACAUCAGACAUUAGUGUCAUCGACGGAAAUCUGAGCUCUCACUUUACAUCAUUUGCAUUUUUAAUUAUCUUGUGGUUUACAUCUAUUUUAGUUAUCGGAUCUCUCACGCCGACCUUUUUAGCUUUUGCAAUCUUCCUCGUCAUAGCAAUUGUAUUGAUAUACAUACAAUUUUUACCUACAUCUCAGAGUUUGCGCCGUCUCGAAAUGGUCUCGCUGACUCCAUUGAUUUCGAAUUUUGGUCUGCUUACUGAAGGUCUCGGUACCAUACGCGCGUUCUGCGCCCAACGUCGUUUUCAAGACCGAGUAAUUGAAGUAACGGACAUUUUUCAGAAAAUGGAUCAUUUUUAUUGGUCAUUACAGGCAUGGCUCGCUUUUAGAUUCAAUAUACUUUCAGCUGUUUCGACAUUUCUCAUGACAGUUAUAGCAGUAUACCAAAAUUUAUCACCUGGUCUCACGGCCUUCGUUCUUGCCGCCGCAGGUAGAUUCGUGCGGGCAACGAAAGGAUUAUGCCAAUCUUACGGUCAACUACAAAUGGAAUUUGUCUCAGUAGAACGUGUAGUAGAACUUCUACAUCUCGACCAAGAAUCUCCCGGCGAAAUUGAUCCUCCAGCUUACUGGCCACGCCUUGGCGGCGACAUCAUCUUCGAAAAUGUAACCAUAAAAUACGCACCUCAUCUCGAGCCUUCCCUAGAAAAUAUAUCCCUGACCAUCAAAGGCGGCUCAAGUACCGCACUCAUCGGACGCACCGGCAGCGGAAAAUCUACACUUGCUCUCUCCCUCCUCGCCACAACCCUACCAAGCACAGGCCGCAUCCUCAUCGACGGCAUCGACAUCUCCAAAGUCAAAACCCAAGCCCUCCGCAAACGCAUCACAUUCCUCGCUCAAGAACCCGUUUUAUUCCCCGGCACCAUGCGUAUGAAUCUCGACCCAAUGGACGAAUACACCGAUUUUGAAUGCUCAUCUGUCCUUUCCAAAAUCGCUACACGUCACAAUUGGACAUUAGAUACGAAUAUUGAUUCGGGUGGUAAAAAUUUAAGUCAAGGUCAGAGACAAUUGGUGGGACUGGCUAGGGCUCUCUUGAGAAGAAGUUCGAUUGUUAUUAUGGAUGAGGCGACGGCGAGUAUUGAUAAGGAGACGGCGGGGAAGAUUCAGGAGGUUAUUAGGGAGGAGUUGGUUCAGAGUACGGUGUUGACGAUUGCGCAUCGGGUGGAGGCGGUUAGGGGGGCGGAUUGGUGUGUUGUGCUUGAGAAGGGGGGGGUAAAGGGGUUUGGGGAGGCGGGGAAGGUGGGUAGGAUGGGGGUGGGGGUGGAGGUGGAGGGGAGGAGUGAUGGUUCUGAGGGUGGGAGUGGAGGGGAGUAG